CCUUUAUAGUCUGCCUUCUCCUCCAACCGCAUCGAUCUGUGACUCAGGCUUAGUACAUACUAGACUAGAGAUGGCAUGUUUGCAGGGUCAGUUGGAGGUGGCUCAGACACUGCUACCAUCGCCCCAGGAUCCAAGCACCUUGCUGUUUCCCACAUCUGAAAGACUACAGUCUGUGGAAACUGCAUGGAUGCUUCCUCCGUUUUCUGUUUCACAAGAGCUUCAGAAUACAACCCCAGGGCAAGCGAACACUUCCCCAAGGGUUGUUCAUUCCAUUAAAUUCCUAACAGCAACUAUUGGAUGCCUCUUCUUUUUUCCUAUACCUGCCAACACAUUUUACGAUGAGGAAGAUGGCAACUCAAGUCAGUUAUCUCUACAAAUCAUUCCAGCUGACGGCUCUCCGUUGGGAUCAGAAAGCUGGCUGCAGUUUAACACCUCUCAGCGAACCAUGCACGGCUAUCCCCUCGAUAUUGAUUUCCAGUAUUCGCCUCAGCAGUUCGUGCUGUCUGCCACAGAUUCAGGCGGCCUGACUGCCUGGGAGUCCUUCACCAUCGAGCUCCUGAAGCCCAGCAACGUACCAUGCCAUCUUUACACUGUCAGAACAAGAAACAGCUACUACUCUUUCCUGAGAGAGAGGAAAAGGAUUAGUUUGUUUCUAGAGAAGCUCUCCCUCUAUUUGAGCUCCAGCAGUCCCAAAGACAUCGUGGUGACCGCCCUCAAACCCGGCUCCACAGUCAUCUCGUGGUACAACAGUUCGCUGUGCCCAAGUGCCAACAGAUCUUCCAGCUGGUGCGCUAAAGAGGAAAUCCAGGAAGCACUAGAGAAAUUAAGAGUGCCGGAUGGGUACGUUAGCCCACACUUUGUCCAAGCAAUGCUGCCAGAAUACAAAAUUGAUGUAAUUUUCGACAUUUCAUACAGUGAAGUCUGCCUUCCCACUACAGCGCCACUUGACGGGUCUCUUAACAGUACUGUGCCUACGCUUCAAGGCAAGAAUGACUCUGUGACUACAAAGACCCCACCUGCCUUACCGAGCAGCCUUUGUGCCACUGUUGGGGUGGUUCUGAUAAUAUUUGUUUGCUGGGUUUGCAAGUACCACAGGAAGAUUCCUGGACCACAGCCUGUGGCAUUUCAGAGAAACCCCCAGUUAAGCCACGCUGAUGUGGAACUGGAUGUCCUGAAACCUCGCAAAGCGCCUGUACACGAGUGCCGGGCCUCACCUUCACCGCAGCUAUGGGUACCACCUUCGGCGCCGCUUCCCUCCCGAGAGCAGUGCUGCAGGGCGGGCAGACAGCCUCACAUCACACCAGCUUCUCAGCCACCAAAGUACCAACUCCCUCCCCAUUACCAAGCGGGUAUGAUCACCCAGAAUGGCCAGGGCAAUUUCCACAGACUGAAGUCAAGAACUUUUAAAUGAUACUAAGAGCAAAUCUACAGAAAGACAAUUUGUACUAAAAUGUACUAUCCUUACUACUCACAAGUCAUAAGCAGUUAGUGAUUUUAUCAUUUUUUAUUUUAAAAUAGAACACAACCUAUGCCUGACAAAGAGGCUGUAGCAAAAUCAGAACCCUGCAACCAAGAACUAGAACAAAAUGCCAAGGUAAAGCACGUAAGGGAAUCUGCAGAUGAGGUGGGUGGUGAUACGCACAUACAAGUCAGAACAAGAAAACGUAUACCAAGCUGAUGCUGGUGGGAAUGAGGGGUCACAGCCAGUACUAAGUAAGACUCCCAUUACGACUCCCUGAUUUAUAAAAAUACAUUUUACAUAGAAGAGGCAGAACUGUCAAAAGGACCAUCACAAAACAUGAUGUUUCCAUUGAAAUUCAAAGGCUCUGCAACUCUUAUGUCUACGUCAUCUUGGAUUUUUAGACCAGUACUUCCAAAAAUGCAUCUAGUAAUUGUCCUCUGUGACACUGACUCUGCCCUCACUCUUCCAGAAAUUUUUUGUGUUUCUAUUGAAUACAUUGUACGUACUAUUUAUAAAGGCAAGAGUAGCUACUCAACAUGAAACUCUUCCUGUUGGUAACUGCAUAAAGUACUUUUAAAAACACAUUUUAAAGUUACAGUCUUGCUUUCUUACAGCAAAAUUAGCUUGUCUUCUUCCACCCAUGGCAGUUCAAGGACCACAUUGAAGAAAACGUGUAGAAGAAUUUCUAAAACCUUUGCAAAUAUUCUGAAAUCCUUUAAUAGAUUUUUAAUCUAUAACCAAGUUAGUGAUUAAACUACUUGAUCUGUAACUUCCAAUUUUCAUAUGUAAACUUCUUUAGAACUGAGAAAAACUUCCUUGAACCUAAAAGCAGUGUGAAGUAUGACCAAAGUACCACCAGUACCACGCCCACAGCAAGGAAAGGAGAUACAUACAGAAUGCCUGUUCCAGAAUUGCCAGAGGACUUUUACUGGAGAAGGCAGAACACCAAAGAGGCUCGGACCACUGACAUUACAGCUCUGGAGAUAACAGUUUCCCUAAGUUGUCUAGGAACAAGCUCACAGGGUAACCAUCCUGUCCUGGUGUGCUCUUGCUUGACAUGGUACAUAGUGGCCGCCUGUGUUCUGAUGCACUCCAACUGAGCAGAGGGUACAGAAGCUACGCCGUGACACAGGGCAGCCCAGCCACCAAACACUGCACUAGCACAGCCAGCGGACACUGGAGAGCAGCAAGUUAGUCAAUGAAUUGUUUUUGCAGGCUAAAGAACACAGGCACAAAGCGUAUUCUUACCGUAAGGAAACCAGGCAGAACGGGACCAUUUGGGAGCAGGCUGCUGACCAGCCCAAAGGGAAUCCAGCUGAGGGACAGACCUGGGAAUGGUCCACAGCUGGGAGAUGAGAACAGCUCUCCAGCAGUCCACUUGCAUGUUGUGGUGCAGAUUAACGUUUCUACCAACCAGAUGCCAGCAUGCCGUACCAAUGCAGGUCCCUGCAGCCUCUGCAGCCUUGCCUCCUGCCCACACCUGAGGUACACGCCACCUAGCAAUCCCAACAACAGUACAGCUCCACCAGUAGUCAUGGCACAGAAAGAAUCUGAAGGCUUCGCUAGCCACAAGCAUACCAAGAGCUACAGGACCCAAGCAAUUGAACAGACUGUAUUUGUGUGUACAUUAGACAUGUACAACCCACCUCGUUACAACGUAUUCAUGGGAGCAGAUGGACAACACGCACUAGUUAGCUGUGCAUAUGAAAAUAUUGCUAACAUGUUAUGUUCUUUUCUUGGGACAGCAGCUGCUCUGCAAGUGUGACAGUAGUGACAGGAUUUACAUCUUCUUGCAUGAAGUAGCAGCACUUGUCUGGGUUACAGUGUUGAGUAACUUUUUGGAUAAAUAUAAAUUCCUCUAGAUGACUACUUCAAUGCUCAAAGCCCUCAAGCUUGAUGUAGAAGUCAACACAGCACCAGUAAUUCACUGUAGUCAAUAGUCUAGACAUAAGAUUGGUAAAAUAUAAAUCUAAAUUACUACAGGAAACAUCAGCCCUUGUAGUACCUCAUGUCUCAGCAAGAACCUUCAAGUACUCAGAAUACAGGCCCACCCUCAACCACCUUGAAGAAUUGGGCCCUCGUUCAUUUAAUCACUUAACAGUCUUGACUGGCAGAUAUUCCACAAGUGGAAAAUAUAGUUAGUAAACAAAUAAAUAUUUUAAUAGCAGGUGCAGAAUUUUUCUUUUCCUCUAGUGAAGUAUUUAAUUCCUGUGUAUAAUUAAGAACUGCAGCUGAAUAUUAAGGGAUCAUCAGGAGAUGCAACACACACAGCUCCCCAAGGCACAGGACAGGCUUUUCAGUAAUACUUCUCUAGACUAGCAGCUCCUUGCAGAAAGCGGACAUUUACAUGCUCCCUAGGUUACUAAAGGAGUUUUAAAGUUUGGAAACACAAGAAAUAACCAGAUGGAUAGCAGCAUAAUCUCAUUAAAAAAAACAGAAGCUUAUGAGAAACAGUAACUCCAAGGUAGUUUUCUCCAUCAGAACGUUUCAGUUAGGGUAUCAAGAAUUGUGGUGAUUCAUGACAUCCUAUUUUCAAUUGGGUAGUGAAACUAAGUCUUCAGACUUUAGGAUCUCCCAAAAUUACUCACUGUGGCUGUAGAAACUUCUUAAGUUUUAGAAUACGAUAAAAAAAUAUUAUCAUGCAAGUAUCCUUUAAUCACUCUGUAAAAAUGGUUCUAAAAAUAAUUUAGCAGAAAAUACAUCUGCACUACAGUGGCUAAAUAAUCACCUUGCAACUACAAAUGGUAUUUUAACACAGCCAAAGAAAGGAUUCUGCUACCAACACAAGCAACCAAUACUUGCAUGAUAUUUGUGUUCAGAUCCAGUCAUCGCAAACUAUGGUAUUUGAAGUUUCAGGUGAAGGAAUAUUAAUAUAUUAAUUUAGUUUCAGAAAAGCUCACAAAGAUGUGUAUUAAUCAACUUAAACUGUAACACAGGAAAUCUGUGAGACCUCCAGCCGCUUAUACAAGCUAGAAUAAGGCAACGGAUGCAGAUCAGAGGAAGGCUGACGUACUUGGAGAGCUUAGCUAUUCAUCUUCCCUUAGCCCCCUCAAGUCAACCCAUCUAGAAGCCAACCCACAAUCUUACAAGGCAUCAGAUCACAGACACUGGGUGAGAGAGUUUCCCCAUCUGAGAUUUCUAUUCUCCAUUAAGAGAAAGAA